AUGUCAUCUUCUCCCCUUGACAUCUCGCAACUCAGCGAAAGCCAGCAGGAGGCUUUGCAGACCUACACCUCAGUCACUGACCAGGAUCCCAUUACAGCAAUCCCAAUCCUUCAAAGAGCCGAGUGGAAUGUCCAGAUCGCCAUCACUCGAUUCUUCGAGGGCGAGCCAACCUCUGAUCCCGUUGCCGAAGCCCGAGCUGCGCUUCCUGCAGCUUCCUCUCGACAAACCUCAAACCUCCAAUUCGAUGAUCUGAUAGCCUCAGCGCGCCCUCUUUCGACCGCUCGGCGGAACUUUAAUUCCGUGGGAAGGGUUUCCACACAAGCUGGGGAGGAGACGCACUACCGUCCACCACUGCUUCUUGCCAUACUAUUUACACCAUUCUCUCUACUCUAUCGCGUGCUUGCCACAAUACUUUCACCUAUUGGAACCGCCUUCCCAUUUAUACCACGUUUAAUUGCAAGACUUGCGCCCAGCCAGAGACCCCGACCCAGUCGACGCUCACUCGCACCAGCCGACAACGCACGACGGUUCAUCCGCGAGUUCGCCGAAGAGUACGGCACUAAUGACCUUCCAUUCGUGGAGUCCGGGUUCAACCUAGCUCUCGACAAUGCCAAAAAGGACUUUAAGUUCCUGUUCGUGGUCCUUCUCUCCCCCAGCCACGACGACACCAGCUCCUGGGUCCGAGACACCCUCCUAUCCCCACAACUAAACUCUUUCCUAUCGUCGCACCGGGACGAAAUCAUCCUCUGGGGCGGCAACGUCCAAGAUGCAGAAGCCUACCAAGUAGCCGACACUGUCCAAUGCACCAAGUUCCCUUUCGCAGGCCUAGUCUGCUACACCCCUGACUCCUCGGGUCCAACAGGGAUGUCUACCGUGAUGCGCGCAGCGGGACCAAUGCCUGCUAGCGAGCUUGUCGCUAAGCUCGGAACGGCCAUGACGGCGCAGCAGGGUCAGCUGAGUGCGACGAGGCUCGAAAGACAGCAGGCCCAAGCAUCGAGGAAUCUGCGCCAGGAACAGGAUUCUGCUUACCAGCGCUCGCUGGCGCAGGACAGGGAACGGGCGAGAUUAAAGCGAGAAGAAGCGGAGGCGCAAGCGAGGAUGGAGAAGGAGGCUUUGCGGAAGGAAGAGGACGAACAGCGCCAUGCGGCAGUGUUACAACAGUGGAAGAGAUGGCGAGCGCAGUCAUUACCGCCGGAGCCGGAAAAAACCUCAAAAGAUUCCAUCCGGGUGAGCGUACGUCUACCGAACGGGGAGAGGGUUAUCCGCGGUUUCCGAGCAGACGCGGAUCUCGAAGAGGUAUAUGCGUUCGUUGAAUGCUACGAUCUUUGGAAAGAAGCAGCAGCAGCAGCAGCGGACACCAUGUCUGAGAAGGAGGUGCUGGAGCCGGAGGGCUUUGAACACACUUAUGGCUUCAGGCUGGUUUCACCGAUGCCGAGGAUUGUGUAUGACCUGCAGGAGGGUGGCUCGAUAGGAGAAAGGAUCGGGAGAGGAGGGAAUCUCAUCGUUGAGCCGAUCGAGGAGGAUGAUCAGGAGUAA